AUGGAAGGUGAUCGUUUUGACCCACUUCUAAUGACUGAUGUCCCUUGGCAGCAACAGCAACAGCAACAUCAACAUCAACACGAAACCUGGUCUCAUUAUCCUGUUGCGAGCUUUCAGACCUCUUUAACCACUGAUCCUUAUGAUCUGUGUUUUAACAAGAUUGAAGAAAUUUCUAUGCGAAAUCGACUCCAAGAAGAAACUAGGGCUAAAGAUUGUAUGGAUCCAAUUGGAAAUGAUGUUCUUGAUGAAAUUUCUUGGAGAAAUUCGAGCUCAGAUGCAAUUGGGUCUGAAGAUGUUCUUGAUUAUGAGAUUAUGGAGAAAGGUCAUUGCAAGCUCGGAUUUUCUUUAACAUCACCUGAUUUAGUUAUAUGCUCGGGAUCACCGGAUAUCCCUAACCGGGCUCACGAAGAUUCGCCCAAGUUAUUAAACCGAUCCUCCAUUGAGCUCUCUCUCGAAAAUGGUAUUACUGAGGGACCCAAGAUUACGGAUUACAAUCAUACUCAAACUGAUCCAACAGAAGAUCUUGAUAAUUCAGAAGCUUCAUUUGAGCUCCUUCCAUUGGCACCAUGUGAUGACAAUGAUGACCAUAAAGAUGAAGGUGAAGGGUGUGAUGAGCCUCAAGAAGAUUAUGAGAAUCAGAGGGAGGAACUGAUGAAAGCAAAGAGGGAAGUGGAGAUGAUGAAGUUGGAGAACGAACGCAAGAGUAAAGAAUGUAAAGAGGCUUUGAAGUCUUUAAGGGAACUUCAAAACGAGCUAAUGAGAAAAUCGAUGCAUGUUGGAUCACUUGCUUUUGCAGUUGAAGGUCAAGUGAAGGAGAAGAGUAAAUGGUUCUCAUCCUUGAGAGAUAUGUCAAGAAAACUAAAGAUAAUGAAAAUGGAUCAAAUCAAGCUACUAGAAGAGGGAGAGGCUUACAAAAAGUGUGCUGCUGAUAUGAAUGAAAUGAGUUCUAUCAUUCAAUCAAGAAUUGAUGAACAUGUUAAGCAACAUGAAGAUCUUAAGAUCAGAUUCAGUGAAGGAGCUAAAGAAAGGAAAGAGCUCUAUAACAAGAUCCAAGAAUUAAAAGGGAAUAUUAGGGUAUUUUGUCGGUGUAGGCCGUUAAACUCAGAAGAGAUUGCUGAAGGAGCUUCAAUGGCAUUUGAUUUUGAAGCUUCCAGGGAUGGUGAACUUAGAGUAAAAUCAAAUGUAGCAUUUAAAAGAAACUUUAAGUUCGAUGCAGUCUUUAGUCCCCAAGCAAACCAAGUUGAUGUUUUUGAGGACACAUCCCCAUUUGCAACCUCGGUCCUGGAUGGAUACAAUGUGUGCAUAUUUGCAUAUGGACAAACUGGGACUGGGAAAACUUUUACUAUGGAGGGCACAGAUGAAGACCGAGGAGUUAACUUUAGGACCCUUGAAGAGUUGUUUCGUGUGAUUGAUGAGCGUAAGAAUCAAGUCCAGUAUGAAAUAUGUGUCAGUGUUUUGGAAGUUUACAAUGAACAAAUACGCGAUUUACUGCUUCCAAGUUCACAGCCAGGAGUCGCUGCAAAGAGGCUUGAAAUAAGACAAGAUGGUGAAGGGUUGCACCAUGUUCCUGGCCUGGUUGAGUCACAGGUGACCAACAUGAGUGAAGUUUGGGAAGUUCUGAAAACCGGCAGUAAUGCAAGGGCAGUUGGGUCAACCAAUGCUAAUGAGCAUAGUAGCCGAUCCCAUUGUAUACAUUGUGUCAUGGUUAAGGGGGAGAAUUUGGUAAAUGGAGAAUGCACAAGAAGCAAGCUUUGGCUCGUUGAUCUAGCAGGAAGCGAAAGGGUAGCUAAGACAGAAGUACAAGGGGAAAGACUCAAAGAAACCCAAAAUAUAAACCGAUCGCUUUCUGCACUUGGAGAUGUUAUAUCUGCUUUAGCAACGAAAAGCUCACAUAUUCCUUUUAGAAACUCCAAGCUCACUCACUUGCUUCAAGAUUCUUUAGGUGGAGACUCCAAGACUCUAAUGUUUUUGCAGAUCAGUCCCAAUGAGAACGAUUUAAGCGAAUCACUUUGCUCCCUCAACUUUGCAAGCAGAGUUAGAGGAAUAGAGUUGGGUCCUGCAAAGAAGCAGAUCGAAAGCUCAGAAGUUUUGAAAUACAAACAAAUGGCCGAGAGAUACAAGCAUGAGAUGAAGAGCAAAGAUCUACAAAUCAAGAAAAUGGAGGAUAACUUUCAUGGUCUAGACAUGAAGUUAAAAGAGAGAGAAUUGAAAAACAAGAAUCUGCAAGAUAAGGUUAAAGAAUUGGAAUCACAACUUCUGGUGGAGAGAAAACUCGCACGCCAACAUGUUGACACGAAGAUUGCAGAACAGCAAAUGAGGCAACAACAGCAAGACGAGCCAAGUUCAAGACCUCCACUCGCACCUAAACUCUUGAAGAACUUUGAAGAAACCAAAGACAACCCAGCGAAUAUCGUUCAACCACCACUUGUUGAAAAGAACACCACCACCUACAAGACCCUUCCGCCACCCCUCCCGCCAGCAAGAGAUCUGGUCAACCUCGAUGACUGCAUAGAAAAAGAAAACAACCCGUAUUUGCCAGAACCAUUUACAGUUCCAAAACGAACCGGGAGAGCCUCUAUAUGCACCACCACUACACAGAGAGUUCCAGUGAGAUCAGUCGUACCACGAAGAAACUCUUUGAUCCCUCUACCACCACCGGUUUCAACCAAAUUGUGCCCAUUGCCAUCAAUCGAAGGCGAUAACGAGAAUGUGGAUAUGGAGUCCCCAUUAGCUACAGAUAGUCCAAAAAGAAGCAAUGGGGGAGGAAAGAAGCUGAUGAGUGCAUUAAGACGAAGCCUUCAUAAGAAAAACCAGAUGAAAACGCCCAUGAUGCAGCAGCCACAACAGAUCCGAAGAGUGGGUGGUGGUUUAAAUGUAGCGGUGGAGCGGGUUAGGGUGUCGAUUGGCAGCCGAGGGCGGAUGGCUCAUAGAGUUGUUAACAAUGGAAGAAGGGGAAAACAACAAAACUAUAUGGAAAAGGAGAGAAGAUGGAAUAUUGGGAAGGGAGGACUUUAAAGAGGACACCUUCUGUGUAUGUAUACAUUUCUGGGGUGGUUCUUCAUUCUGCUGAAGGAUUGACAAAAGGAUUUAACUUUUAUUACAUUAAUGUAGAUAGAUUUGCAGUGUGGAUGUGAUUGAUUGUGGAUUUAAAAGAA